UUGUUUCGCGAACAAAUCGGGACCGACGCGGAGGAGCAUCAAUACUGGAUUUUCUUCGAGUUUUAUAGCUUCUCCGGCGCAAAUAAUGGCUUUCGAAGCAAUUCCAAAAGAUCUGCGCGCUUUGCGAGCAUGUCUGGUGUGUUCCAUGAUCAAGUCAUUCGAUCAGUUCGAAACGGACGGCUGUGAUAACUGCGAGGACUUUCUGCGGAUGAAAAACAAUCGCGAACAGGUGUACGAUUGCACCAGUAACAAUUUCGAUGGAAUGAUCGCGGUGAUGAGUCCGGAUGAUAGCUGGGUUUGCAAAUGGCAAAGAAUAAGUCGCUUCACAAAAGGCAUCUACGCGAUAUCCGUCUCGGGACGACUACCCAACAGCAUCAUCAGGGAGAUGAAAAAUCGUGGCAUACCGUAUCGUCCCCGUGACACGAGCCAACGAUAGGAUUAAAUCGUCGCUUAUAUAUUUUACAAACAAAGAAGACGGAAUCAUUAAUAUAAGAACCAAUAAGCUAUAAAUAAAAUACGAUUUGAC